GGCCUCUUCAAAUUCACGGUCAAGCUUCGGGUCAGUAAAGAUGCGCCAUGGCUCUGGAUCAAGGACAUUGAUGGGAGUGAAGAUGGCGAGGUCGUGCUUCCUGCUACUCACACCCCAAGCACCAAUUUGUCAAGCUACCUGGACGAUAUCAGUAGAGAUAUCGUGGUAACCCCAAGGCAAGCCGUCACCAGCGCGGCAACGCAAACCGUGUGGGAAUUAAAAGCCAGUACACCAGCUGCUCAGGGCCAAACCUGCGGUCGUGCAUUUUACUCUCUAGGCAAAGCAAUCGAUUGCAUUCGGUGGCUUGGUAUUGUUCGCCACAACGAUGCUUGGUUUGGGCCGCGGCAUGGCCGAGAUAUUUUUUUACUCAACGAGGGAGCUGUAAUGCUUUCGUUUCUGAGGCGGGAUGGGCUGCACGUUGUCAUCAUAGCCAUCAGCGGGAUCGACAAUCUGUUGACCACGCUUGUUUCAAACGAGAAUGGACAGAUUCUGAUUUCGUCAAGGAACGAUGGACCUGAGUCAGCUCAUGCCCGUGUGUUAGUUGCUGUUGACAAGACAUGCGAGGAAGCCAUUGCUGCUGCUAUGAGGCCAGUCAGGGAAUUUGUUCGGGGCCAUAGGAGCAGCACUUUCGCUAUGGGCCUACGAAAUGCAGGCUCAGCCAGCGUUGGCGAAACAACAAGGCUUCAAGCAUGGUAUGACGGCUUUGCUUACUGCACCUGGAACGGGCUAGGACAAUAUCUCUCGCCAAGCAAGAUUCUCGAUGCGCUCACCAGCUUGGACAAGAAGGGAGUCAAGCUCACAACUCUUAUCAUUGAUGACAACUGGCAGUCUGUUCAGCUUGAGCCUGGAAAAUCCGACUUUUACAGGCAGUGGUCUGACUUUGAGGCAAACAAGGAGCAUUUUCCUGGUGGCUUGAAGAGUCUCAUCACAGCUAUCAGAUCAGUGUCUCCCUAUAUUCAAUUCAUUGCCGUUUGGCAUGGUAUUUUUGGUCAUUGGGGAGGCAUUGCACCUAGUGGAAAAAUAGCCAAGGUGUACGCAAUGAGAACGUUCAAAAGGCGUGAAGGAAUCUUUCUGGGCGGUGGGGAUAUGACGACAGUCGAUAGGAGCGAUACUGAGCGGCUGUUUGAUGAUUUUUACAGGUUUCUGUCUGACGCAGGUGUGGACGCAGUCAAAGUCGACACGCAAAGUUUCCUGGACUACGCAGACCAUGCCGACGACAGGCUCGCCUUGAUCACAGCGUACCAGGACGCAUGGAGGCUGGCAUCCCUCAAAUACUUUGGUGGUAGGGCCAUCGCUUGUAUGGCGCAGAUACCACAAACGAUCUCCCACUCCUGGCACAUUUUCUGCAACGCCCACAACGCCCUUCUCAUGCAGCAUUUUGACGUCCUCCCAGACUGGGACAUGUUCCAAACCAGCCAUCAAUACUCCCGCUUCCACGCCACAGCACGAUGUGUUUCCGGUGGUCCAAUUUAUAUCACUGACACGCCGGGUGAGCACGACCUCGACCUGAUCGAGCAAAUGACUGCAAAAGCCCCAGACGGUAGACUCCUCGUGCUUCGAACAGAGAAGCUGGGGAGGACGGUGGGGAUGUACACCGGGCACUCAGAGACUCAGUUCCUCCAGGUCAGAGCGGAGCAUUACCGGGUCGUUAUCACGGCAGUGUUUAAUCUUGAUAAUGUGCCGCGAACAAAGCUAGUCUCGCUGAGUUACUGUGAGCCAUCUCUAGCGGGAGAUGAAGCGGGCUACUUAUUCCGGGUGCACAGCUCUGGAAAACUUCUCAGACACGCUGAUGGGAGUCUGGCCAUCAUGGAGCUUCACUUCGGGCCGCACGACUGUCACAUCAUUACCAGAUACCCAGUCCGCCGGUUUCAGCAGACUGAUGUGGCUGUCUUGGGACUGUUAGGAAAGAUGGCGGGGGCUGCUGCUGUGAUGGCAACAACUUAUAAAGUUCUGCCAGAAACAUCAGAAAUCCAGGCAGAUCUUGAGUUGAAGGCGCUGGGGAAUCUUGGUGAGAAAUGGAUUCGUCCGUUGAAGCUACAAAAAGCUGACCCAAAUUAA